AUGCCCGUGCUGUAUAGCACGGGUUAUGAUCUAGUUAAUCUUUGUAUAGGGGAAACCAAGAAAAACAUCAAACUUACUGAAGAUAUCCUCGACGCCGGUAUGGAGUUGGAUUUCAUAUUACGCGAGUAUUGCGAUUCUAAGUUACCCCUAGAGGAGGAUCCUUUCAAUGAUGACACUGGCCGAUUUUACGUGCUGGACAAGUCACAGAUCGAAGACAAUGCAUGGAUUCUUCUCUAUUUGGAGCUUGUUGUGGCCACAUCUUUCAGGAACCAUAUCACACAUGGUCUAACCAGUUUGAAGAUUCUUAAAGUGGCUAUGGAAAUUUCAAGAAGCCCCGGGGUCUCUGUUAAUAUGGGACUUGACGCCUAUGAUGCAACUUUCUACAUUAGCUACAAGGACUUUUGCAAGGCUCGGGUUGGUAAGGAAGUCGAUCGCAUUGCUCUAGUCAGAAGAAUCUUGGAUCCGCAGUUGGAAAUUUUAAGACUCGGCGGUUAUACUCUGAGCUCACAAACCAUCAAACCAUCAAACACCAUGGAUGCUGGCUCCUUCUGA